ACAGGCGUGCGCUCCUCACCUAAUCCCAAAUCCCGAACAAAUCCGGCUCCUCUGAAAUCCCCGGUUCUCCAUCCGUCCAUCCCUCUCCCCUUUCCUCCCCCUCGUCUAAACCCUAGAUCCUCCGCCCAACUGCUAAAACCCUAGCAGACGAAGAGUUGCUGUGUCGGGGGCAAGGAUGGCCGAGCCCUCCAGGGUGAUCCACAUCCGGAACGUCGGGCAUGAGAUCUCCGAGACUGACCUGCUCCAGGUGGUGCAGCCGUUUGGCGCGGUCGCCAAGGUCGUCAUGCUGCGUGCCAAGAAUCAGGCCCUUGUCCAGAUGGAGGACCUUUCUUCCUCAAUUAGCGCCAUCCAGUACUACACUACUAUUCAACCUAGCGUGAGGGGAAGAAAUGUGUACUUGCAGUAUUCUUCUCAUCAAGAAUUGAAUACUGAUCAGAGCUCUCAUGGACGGAAUCCUGAUCAGGAUGAACCCAACCGAAUUCUCUUAGUUACCGUUCAUCAUAUGCUCUAUCCUAUGACCGUCGAAGUGCUUCAUCAAGUGUUUUCUCCUUAUGGAUUUGUGGAGAAGAUUGUCACAUUUCAAAAGACAGCUGGCUUUCAAACCCUUAUACAGUUCCAGUCACGGCAGAGUGCAAUACAAGCAGCUGGUGCUUUGCAUGGACGAAACAUUUAUGAUGGUUGCUGCCAGCUAGAUAUUCAGUACUCAAAUCUCAGUGAGUUGCAAGUUCACUACAACAAUGAUAGAUCUAGAGAUUUCACAAAUCCAUCUUUGCCCACGGAGCAACGUCCAAGGUCCUCUCAGCUUGGUUAUAAUGAUCCUAGUGGCCUUUUUGGUUUCCAACAGCCUGGAGCUGCAUAUGGACAGGCUGCGGUGAUUGCUGCUGCAUUUGGUGGAACAUUGCCUCCUGGAGUGACUGGUACCAAUGAUCGCUGCACACUUAUAGUUAGCAAUUUGAACAGUGAUAAAAUCGAUGCGGAUAAGCUGUUCAAUCUAUUUUCUAUUUAUGGAAAUAUAGUGAGAAUCAAGGUACUCCGCAAUAAACCAGACCAUGCCCUCGUCCAGAUGGCUGAUGGGCUUCAGACCGAGCUUGCUAUACACUAUUUAAAGGGAGCAAUGUUACUUGGGCAGAAACUGGAAGUGAACUUCUCUAAGUACCCGAGUAUUACCCCUGCUCCUGAUGCACAUGACUACUCAACCUCCAACCUUAACCGGUUCAACAGUAAUGUGGCGAAGAACUACCGCCAUUGCUGUGCUCCGACCAAGAUCAUCCACAUCUCAGCGCUUUCACCAGAGAUAUCCGAGGACGCAAUCAUCGAACACCUAAGUGAGCAUGGCACCAUCGUCAAGUCAAAGCUGUUUGAGGCGAGCGGCAAGACGCAGGCUCUCGUGCAGUUUGAGAGCGAGGAAGAGGCGACCGAAGCUCUGGUCUGUAAGCAUGCGAGCAAGCUCGAGGGAUCCACCAUUAGGAUUUCUUUCUCCCAGAUGCAGAACAUAUAGCAGUUCUUCCUGGAAAAAGUGUGAUGACCCCUCUUUCUUUCUAAACUUUCCAAGUUUGUUAUGUGUACCUGUCUUUGUUUGCACCAUGACCAAGGAUUGUUGCCUGUAUCUUCUGUGAUGGUUGUAAACUGAUGCCAGCUUGUCUGUACCAUUUUAGCCUGCUAUGGUUUUCUUCUGAGUUA